AUGGCUUCAUCUACGACUAUUACUAAUCCAAUCACAUUAUCAUCGAAUGAUAAAGAAAAAUUAGAUAAAUUAGUGAAAGAUUUAAGUAAAAUUGAAUGGGAAAAUGGUGAAUAUUAUUUUCAUAAUUUUGUUGAUUAUUAUCAAUUACCACAAAUAAUACGUGUUGAACAAACAUGGAAUACAAAUUUGAUUAAAAAUCAAUGGCUGUAUUUACAAGCAUUAUUUGAUCGUUAUUUAAUUAUUGCUUCACCAUUAUCAUCAUCAAAUAAAAGUAAAAGUUCAAAGCAAAAAUAUCUUAUACCAGAUUGGUUUCAAGGGGAAUGUCGUAUUCUAUCAAAAAAUCCUACACUUAAAAAACGUUGGUGGAUAUUUCAAGGUACAUUUGAAUUAUAUCGAUUUGAUUUACCACGUGCAAUAAAAGUUCUUUCUGAUACACCAGCACAUAUACGAAAAAAAGAGGCAUCAUCAACACAUGAAUGGGAUAAAAUUGUAUUACGAAAAAAUGCGCGUCUUAAUGUUAUACGUCGUGAACAAUAUCAAUCACGUAUGAAAAAUGAUAAAGGUGAUUUACUUGCUAGUGAACCAAAAGACGCAUUUAUACUUCAAGAUCCAUUGAGUGGUCAUGAAUUUAUUUUACCACCUGGUGUACCUUUACGUUUUGCAACAUUAAUUGAAGAUAAUGAAUUACAUUCAGAAUAUAAAAGUCAUAGUGGAACAUUUACAUUUCCAGAAAUUAUGAUGCGUUAUGAAUUUCCACUUGAUGUAGAAAUAACAACACAUUUACCAGUUGAUUUACCUGAAUUUAAAUCCCAACUUAGAUUAGAAAAAUUUUGUGUUGCAAAAUCUGUUCUAGCAUUCAGUUUUGGUCAAGGUCAAUCACAAUUAAUUGAUCUUUCACCAUUAACACAAUUUACAUUACAUUGUGCUAAAUGUUUAACAUAUGGAUUACCACGUGAUGAAGACACACCUACUAAACCAACUGGUAAAAAAGAUGAAAAAUUUGAUGAAAAAGAAUAUCAACGAUAUGAAGAUAUAAGAAGUAAAAUGAAUGCUGUUUUUGAUGAUGCAGCAGAAAUUUUCAAGAGUAAAAUUCAGAUAGCUACGGAUGAAGAGCUUGAUUGUAUUGAAACAGUUUUUGAAAUAAGCAUAAAGAUGAAAACUGAAGAUGAUCAACCGGCUGAAACUACUUAUUUAACAUUGGAUGAAGCAAUUAAAGUUGUUAAACAACCUAAAGAUGACAUUCCAUUUCCUAAAGCACAACCAAAACGAUUUACUGUUCAUGCUAGUGCUGAUCCAAGUAAUCCAUAUAAUGAAGUUAUUGACUAUGAAGAUAUGGAUGCUUUAAAUAAAAGUGUCGAUGGAAAGGCAUAUGAUGAACGAAAAUCUAACGCUGCAAGAAGCCUAUCAAGAUCAAAAAGAACAUCGCGGGAUAAACCUCAACAACCAACAAAUCAAUCUAAAAAACGUCCAGCUCUUGUUGUUCAACAGCUACCACCACCAAUGCUUUUACCACCUGAAACAUUCGAAAAAACUGUUAAAGCCAUUCCAGAUAAACUCUAUACUGAUUUUAUUCCUGCAUCAGCUACUUCAAAGAAAGCGGAUAAACCACCAAAAGCAGACAGACCACCAAAAUCGGAUAGCAAAGAGAAAUCAUCAAGAAAAGCUCGCAAAUAA